AUGGAGCCAGCACAACAGAGGGAGAUGAACCUGAGGACAGAUGGCAUACAGUCAUUGAAGAUUAUGUGGAGCCAGUACCGCCCAGGUACAGACCCAAACGACCUGUCGGCCCACAGUUGGACAGUACUCCUUCUAGCUGUUUCAGCUCUACUUCACCACCUCUGUGCUGGGGACACCAGUUUCCAAUACCAACAAGUAUGGGGACAAGAAGCAGCAUGGGGGAAGAAGAUGCACUGGAAACAUGUCACCAUGGGCGACAUGCUCUCGUACAUUUCCCUGGUGAUAUACAUGGGACUGGUGAAGGUAUCAGGACUAGUUGACUAGUGGAGCAAGUCCCCGCUCUACCGAUUCAAGUUCCUUGCCUCCAUCAUGAGUGAAAACCAUUUCUUGGCAAUCAACCAUACUCUUCACAUGAGUGAACCACAAAGAAUGAGAAUGACAAGAAGAAGGGGACUGCAGGGUAUGAUCGUCUCGCAAGAGUCAAUCUGUUUUCAUAAUUUUUCUUGCAAAUAGUUCUUAUUAAUGUGGGACUAAAACAUUUUAGGCUUAUUCAAUGUGUAAUAGCAGUGGAAUUACCUCAUUUGCAUACUUAGGACACUUUGGAGUGGUUGAGGGGACACUUGGAGACAGUCCUUGACCGCACCGGACACCUUACUAAAACCUCUGUACUAAAAUGUUCUAGCUGUUGUGUCUAUCAAUAAAAAUAAAAAAAUACGUUUUUGACUUCUCGUGGAAGCCAUCUGAUGUGUUUCCAGCUCUUUUAAUCAAUAAUUGACUUAUAGCUUGUCCAUGAAAGAUGACUUUGAAAAUAAAACAAAAAAUGGGUACUUUGUGUGUGCUUGAUCUUGUGUGAUCUGAACUGUGCCAUUCUUGUCUAUGUUCUGACCAUUUCCUUAUGUCCCAGGUAUUUUCUUUCCAAUGAUACCAACACUGCAAAGAAGGGCCCCUAUUGGUAGGGUCAAAAUAAAAAAUAAAGCAGACAUUGAAUAUCCCUUUGAGCAUGGUGAAGUUAUUAAUUACACUUUGGAUGGUGUAUCAAUACACCCAGUUACCACAAAGAUACAGCUGUCCUUCGUAACUCGGUUACCGGAGAGGAAGGAAACCACUCAGGGAUUUCACCAUGAGGCCAAUGGUGACUUUAAAACAGUUACAGAGUUUAAUGGCUGUGAUAGGAGAAAACUGAGGAUGGAUCAACAACAUUGUAGCUACUCCACACUUGUCUUUGAUGAAGUGGGAUUAGGCGCUGAGUGCUUCAGUUAGUCAGAAUCACUGUGUGUUCUAUCUGCAGUCUGACAGUAGUGAAGAUGUAUGGUGUUGGUUUUGUGUGCAGCGCCUGUGUAAUCACGGUUAUAAGUACUUCUGAAUCACAUUCAACUCUGAUCACACCCCAGACAAUGCACACACACACACACACACACACACACACACACACACACACACACACACACACACACACACACACACACACACACACACACACACCAGGACAGCACAAACACACACACACACACACCUCCCUCCCUCCCUCCCUCCCUCCCUUUCUCUGGUCGUUGCUUUUUUGAUGGAGUCAUUUGCCCUGAGAUUAUACUGUGGUCUCUGGGGUGCGUUGUGUAUUAAUGACUAUCUAUUAAUCUGAGGCUGUUCAGCCUCUCAGCUUCCCCGCUCCACAGCACUGAUGCUCUGCCAAUGCUUCAGAGUGUCUGUCACAGCCCUAAUGCCUGUAAUAGGCUCGGGAUAAGUGCUUGGCCGCCGCCGAACCAAAGGGCUCGGUGUGUGUGCCUGUGUGUGUGUUUUUGUGUGUCAAACAAGUAUCAGCGGCCUAAUGCUAAUAGGCUUUAUAUGAUAAGGGCUCUGAAGCCGAACUCUGCUCUCUGGGACAAAGAGGGCGCUGAUCAGAGACUGAGCUUAACAUUCACACCACACGCUCAGAGAGAAAUCCUAACCACACACUCUCUGAGAGAAAUCCUAACCACAAACUCUCUGAGAGAAAUCCUAACCACAAACUCUCUGAGAGAAAUCCGAACCACACACUCUCUGAGAGAAAUCCGAACCACACACUCUCUGAGAGAAAUCCUAAUCACAAACUAUCUGAGAGAAAUCCUAACCACAAACUCUUUGAGAGAAAUCCUAACCACAAACUCUCUGAGAGAAAUCCUAACCACAAACUCUCUGAGAGAAAUCCUAACCACAAACUCUCUGAGAGAAAUCCUAACGUCAUCAAUAGCUUCUCACUUUGAACAACAAUAGCUUUCUACUGGCCGUGGAACCUCAAUCUUCUCUAUACUGUCUCUGUAUUCAGAAGAGAGCCUGGGUAGUUCCACCAAUUCCAAAAUAAACCCCUGCCACUUCUCUUGUGCAUAAUGCUUCCUCAAAACCACUUGAACAGAUGAAACCACAAGCAAAGUAUACCGCGGGCAAAGCUUUUUGUUUUUCCAUGCACACUGCCUAUGCAAACAGACUCAAUUCUGCUUGGACUGGCCGACCGUGGGAGUCGCAUUAAAUCAGGUUACAGACCAUGCAGAUAGGACUAAGACCCCUAGACAUAAUGAGUCAGGUUACAGACCAUGCAGAUAGGACUAAGACCCCUAGACACAAUGAGUCAGGUUACAGACCAUGCAGAUAGGACUAAGACCCCUAGACAUAAUGAGUCAGGUUACAGACCAUGCAGAUAGGACUAAGACCCCUAGACAUAAUGAGUCAGGUUACAGACCAUGCAGAUAGGACUAAGACCCCUAGACAUAAUGAGUCAGGUUACAGACCAUGCAGAUAGGACUAAGACCCCUAGACAUAAUGAGUCAGGUUACAGACCCUGUAGCUAGGACUAAGACCCCUAGACACAAUCAAAUCAAAUCAAAUUGUAUUUGUCACAUGCGCCGAAUACAACAGGUCAAUAUGGAAAAUGUCAAGAACUUUGAAAGUUUCUUCAAGUGCAGUCGCAAAUACCAUCAAGUGCUAUGAUGAAACUGGCUCUCAUGAGGACCGCCACAAGAAUGGAAGACUCAGAGAAACCUCUGCUGUAGAGGAUAAGUUCAUUAGAGUUACCAGCCUCAGAAAUUGCAUCCCAAAUAAACGCUUCACAGAGUUCAAGUAACAGACACAUCUCAACAUCAACUGUUCAGAGGGGACUGUGUGAAUCAGGCCUUCAUGGUCAAAUUGCUGCAAAGAAACCACUACUAAAAGGACACCAAUAAGAGGAAGAGACCUGCUGGGCCAUGAAACACGAGCAAUGGACAUUAGACUGGUGUAAAUUUGUCCUUUGGUCUGGAGUCCAAAUUGGAGAUUUUUGGUUCCAACCGCUGUGUCUUUGUGAGACGCGGUGUGGGUGAACGGAUGAUCUCUGCAUGUGUAGUUCCCACCGUAAAGCAUGGAGGAGGAGGUGUUAUGGUGUGAGGGUGCUUUGCUGGUGACACUGUCUGUGAUUUAUUUAGAAUUCAAGGCACACUUAACCAGCAUGGCUACCACAGCAUUCUGCAGCGAUUCGCCAUCCCAUCUGGUUUGGGCUUAGUGGGACUAUCAUUUGUUUUUCAACAGGACAAUGACCCAACACACCUCCAGGCUGUGUAAGGGCUAUUUUACCAAGAAGGAGAGUGAUGGAGUGCUGCAUCAGAUGACCUGGCCUCCACAAUCCCCCGACCUCAACCAAAUUGAGAUGGUUUGGGAUGAGUCGGACCGCAGAGUGAAGGAAAAGCAGCCAACAAGUGCUCAGCAUAUGUGGGAACUCCUUCAAGACUGUUGGAAAAGCAUUCCAGGCGAAGCUGGUUGAGAGAAUGCCAAGAGUGUGCAAAGCUGUCAUCAAGGGAAAGGGUGGCUAUUUGAAGAAUCUCAAAGAUAAAAUAUAUUUUCAUUUGUUUAACACUUUUUUGGUUACUACAUGAUUCCAUAUGUGUUAUUUCAUAGUUGUGAUGUCUUCACUAUUAUUCUAUAGUAAAAAUGAAGAAAAACCCUUGAAUGAGUAGGUGUUCUAAAACCGGUGGUGUAUAUCAGAGGAGGCCUGAAGUUAGAGUUGCUAUACAUUCUAUCUACCCCAACAUGCCCUGGGCAUAUAAUUUCUGACUGGACAGUUGUGCGUUACAUUGUUCACUUUGCAGUAGAUCUUAACCAACAUCAGCAGUCUGCCACUUCCUCUCCAGGGUCGCUCCAUCUCUCAGUAAGCCUCUCAACUCACUUUAAUCUAUGCAAUAUUUUAAUGUCAACUCAUCUGAAUAGCAAAUGAGGGAGUGAGAGUUAGACGGCAGAUGCCAGAGUCAUUGCCAGGCCUGGAGAGGAGCAGUCUGUCUCAGUCGCUGUGAUCAAAUGGACCAGGGCCACUACUACUGCCAUUAGGAGCACACUGUUGUGGCCCUAGCUGGACACUACUGCUGAAUAAUAUCAAUCAGAUGAUAGUCCAGUCUCAAGAUAUAUUAUUUAGGAUAAUGCUUAUCUAUAACCAUCCUUACAGGUCUGUAGGAGUUUCAUUUCAGAGCCAAGGUGGUGAGUUGUUUGUAUUCGGGCCAACACAUUACUUCUUCACUUUUGUUUUGUUCCAUCAACCCAUUCUGAGGAACUCCUACAGAAACUACUGAACUUCACUUCACUCCUCACCCCUUGGUCUGAACAUUCUACCCACAUUCUCCUCAACAUUCUAACAUUUGAACGUUCUAAUUCCGGAACACUACCUCACUCUGAGUGUUCUGUUACUCCGUAUGUGGAAUCCUCAACGCCCGCCUGUUCUACAUUAGAACAGUUUAUCCCACUCUGCUGGAGCCAAAUUCCUCACCACUGAAACCCACAGCAUACUGAAGAGAACUGCAUGGAAUGGCUUUACCCUCACUCUCACUCCCAUAAAAACACUCCGGCAGUGGUGCUGGACAAAUCCGGUAUCCGGAAGCAAUGAUUCAUCCUCCUCUUUUGUUAAUGGAUUUGCCGGCCUGCUCGUCAGGUUUCAUGACGACUGUACCUCUCCUCUGUUUUUUCAUCAUCAUCCUUUUGUCCGCCUAUAACGCAGUUCCAGUUGAUGCUGCUUCCGACUUCCUCCUUUUCCUAAAAUGUUUUAGAAGUAUGUAUGUCCUUCUCGGGUCUUAAAUCCUUGCCUGUUACUGAGACUGAGACCGCAUGAGAAUAAAAUACCAAAAUAAACGAUUUAUUCAUACUUCUUUUUCGGAAGAAGGCUUCAUUUUGCUCGCUCUUUUCCGUUUUAUUCCCUCUUGAAAAUCACAGGUACAAACUUUAUACAGCACUGGUACAAAUCAUAAUUGGAGCACAUCUGGCCCUGUGGUUAAUACACUGCCACACUGCAAAUUGUUGUAGCAGCCAUUAUCAUUACAAUCUGGGGCUACGUUCAUCAUCUGCAGACUGUCACUGACUGUUCGACAAUAGAGUUAAUAGUCACGCUUACUUACUCUGUGAAGUCAUCAUAUCCUCUAACUGGCAGCCAGGAAAUAAGAGCUAAUGUGAUUUUAUGCUUCAUAAUGUCCUGUCGUGAGGCAGGGUAUAGAGAGUGUCCCACACGGUGGAGGACAGACACACAGUCUCUCUGCCCUCUGAACUAUUUCCUCAUUACAUAAGGACAAAAGCGGCAGAUUAAGAAGCACCACAGCCUGCCAUAGCGCUCCCUUGUGAGAUAAUUUGGGGCACAGGGAGUCCGGAGGCUUUGUUAGCCCACUUUACCCCGCACUGUUUGUCCACAUGGGGCUUCCGUAGACCUUGAAACAGUCCCCAAAACUUUGGAACAAACUUGGCCGAGUUUGACUUCUCCCUACUGUACCCACAAGAGAACGAGAGAAAGUCCUCUGGUUAUUUUAAUCAGAUGAGGAGUGAGAUCAUUUUGUUUGGAAAUGUGGGGCGGAAAAGGCACAGUCUUCACAAUCAAACAGAUAACGCAUUCCGCUCGCCAAUUCUUACGAGGUCAUGUCCUGAUCACUAAUCAACCAUGACAAACCAACUCAGAGAAAAAUGUGCACUUGGUCAAUUAAGUCAGUAAGACUUCCCAUUUAUGAGCAACAAAACUUCCAAUGCAAACAUGUCCAGUAUGUGUCUGACAUGUCCUACAUAUAUGGUAGAUAAUGUAUACUAUACAUAUGGUAGAUAAUGUACACUACCGGUCAAAUGUUUUAGAACACCUACUCAUUCAAGGGUUUUUCUUGAUUUUUACUAUUUUCUACAUUGCAGAAUAAUAGUGAAGACAUCAAAACUAUGAAAUAACACAUAUGGAUUCAUGUAGUAAACAAAAAAGUGUUAAACAAAUCAAAAUAUAUUUUAUAUUUCAGACUCUUCAAAUAGCCACCCUUUGCCUUGAUGACAGCUUUGCACACUCUUGGCAUUCUCUCAACCAGCUUCAUGAGAUAGGCACCUGGAAUGCUCUCAACCAGCUUCAUGAGGUAGUCACCUGGAAUGCAUUUCAAUUAACAGGCAUGCCUUCUUAAAAUUUUAUUUGUGGAAUUUCUUUAAUUCUUAAUGUGUUUCAGCCAAUCAGUUGCAUUGUGACAAGGUAGGGGGGGUAUACAGAAUAUAUUUGGUAAAAGACCAAGUCCAUAUUAUGGCAAGAACAGCUCAAAUAAGCAUUACUUUAAGACAUGAAGGUCAGUCAAUGUGGAAAAUGUCACCACAGCAUUCUGCAGCGAUACGCCAUCCCAUCUGGUUUGGUCUUAGUAGGACUAUCAUUUGUUUUUCAACAGGACAAUGACCCAAAACACCUUCAGGCUGUGUAAGGGCUAUUUUACCAAGAAGAGUGAUGGAGUGCUGCAUCAGAUGCCCUGGCCUCCACAAUCCCCCGACCUCAACCAAAUUGAGAUGGUUUGGGAUGAGUCGGACCGCAGAGUGAAGGAAAAGCAGCCAACAAGUGCUCAGCAUAUGUGGGAACUCCUUCAAGACUUGGAAAAGUAUUCCAGGUGAAGCUGGUUGAGAGAAUGCCAAGAGUGUGGAAAGCUGUCAUGCAGUGCAAUACUAUACAUUUAUACGGUAGAUAAUGCAUACUAUACAUAUAUGGUAGAUAAUGUAUACUAUACAUGUACAGUAGAUUAUGUAUACUAUACAUAUAUGGUAGAUAAUGUAUACUAUACAUGUACAGUAGAUAAUGUAUUCUAUACAUAUAUGUUAGAUAAUGUAUACUAUACAUAUAUGGUAGAUAAUGUAUACUAUACAUGUACAGUAGAUAAUGUAUACUAUACAUAUACGGAUAGUGUCUGGUGUAGAAUCCCAGGGUCAUUUAGCUAGUCUUACAGUGGCCAAAUCGCCAGCUCUGACAGUGACUCUCUGUGCAGUGCACUACUAUACAGACUCUGAUCAAUAGUCAACAGCAGUAGUGCACUGUAUGACAAAUAGGAUGUUAGUGGUCAAUGUUGAAGUAGUACCCUAUCUGGGGAAUAUGGUGUAAUUUGUGCCACAGAUACUGUACCCAUGGGCGAGGUCGAUAGCGGGUGACCACUGACGGGCACCGUCCGGAUCACAUGCAGUACUAGGAAGGCUAACACUGGCACUAACAAUGACAUGAUGACUCAUCUUUCCUCCCCACUAGCUAAUCCUGCUUCCCAGCUAUUUUCUCCCUGCACACCCAUCCCAUCCCAAAGCCUCCCCCAUCCCGUCCCAAAGCCUCCCCCAUCCCCUCCAACACUCUGUCUCCAACCCUAACCCAUCCUUCCCCAUUAUUCUGCAUUUUCCCAUUUCUCUUGAGGUGGCACGCUAUCUGCUAUCACAAAAGGACACACAAUAGUAUAUCUAAUCAUAUUGAAAUGUGCGUCGAAAACACCCUAUUCUCUCUAUUAGGUAACACAGAUGACUGAAACUCACAGAAUACUUCAACCGCAUGAACCAGCCCCAGCCAUGGCCUGGCUUGGCUCUACCACUUGCCUUGUACUGCCACCUGGUGGUCAAUUCUGUAAAGUACAUCCUCAUAUGGUACUGAAACAAUGAAAAGUACAGUUAAUGAAGCAUAAUGAAAAAAAACACAUGUUGGCGUUUCAUAUUGACCCAAAAUAUCUAAGUCAAAUUCUAGGCAGCCAUGGGUAAUUUAAUUGAACAUGGGUUCAUGCUGGUCUAGAACAAACCUGUGUACAAAGCAGCCCUUCAGCAUCAGGAGCGGCCAUUCCUGAUUUAGCAUAACCCUUGCUCUCCCCCAUCCCUCGUUCUCCCUCCCCCAAUCCUCUAUCUCUGGAUGGGGGAGGGCGCUGGCAUGUAGUCCACCCAACAUCGUUCAACCCCUCUGGCUGACACUCAAUGCGUUUUGUUUUUUCAUUCUCCAGGCUGCACCUGUGCUUGGCUGUCACCCUCCACACAGAAGGUGUCUCUGCCACCACCCCGGCCCCGCUCUAGGACAACUGCUCAGUGACAAAGGUCCUUCAUGUUUUCUGAGGGACCCCUCAUGUGGAACCAGGUAAGACGCACUCCGUCUGAGGUCAAGGGUUAGGGGUUAGACCAGCUGCUGUCACAGCUGGAGCAUCAUAGUAGCCUAUCUCUGCAACUCUCCAUGCCUGUUUGUGUGUCUGUGUCUCUCUAUCGUGUCGACUCAUCCCUAUUUCUAGGACUGUUAUAAGAUUAGUUCAAGGUUCAAUCAUAAAUGUAAUGUCCUCAACUAUGGCUUCAGUGGAUUAGAAUGUAAUCAUUUAGGUUAGUAGACUGGGCCUCAAGUAGGUUAAGUGCUGGAGAGGUUGUCUUGACGCCUAGUGCCUUUAUGGCUUCGUUGUGUUUGUUGUUGCUUUACUAAGGUCUAUUACAAAUGUGUUGGUUGUUAUUACACACUAUCUUCUGUUGUAAUGACUGAUUAUACACUGAGUGGACAAAACAUUAAGAACACCCAGAAAACUGGUUAAGAUCUAUUGCAAAGUGAACCAUGUAACACACAACUGUCAAGUCAAAAAUGACAACCCCAGGACAUGUUGGGAUAGAUAUAAUUUACAGUGGGGGAAAAAAGUAUUUAGUCAGCCACCAAUUGUGCAAGUUCUCCCACUUAAAAAGAUGAGAGAGGCCUGUAAUUUUCAUCAUAGGUACACGUCAACUAUGACAGACAAAUUGAAGGAAAAACAUCCAGAAAAUCACAUUGUAGGAUUUUUUAUGAAUUUAUUUGCAAAUUAUGGUGGAAAAUAAGUAUUUGGUCACCUACAAACAAGCAAGAUUUCUGGCUCUCACAGACCUGUAACUUCUUCUUUAAGGAGGCUCCUCUGUCCUCCACUCGUUACCUGUAUUAAUGGCACCUGUUUGAACUUGUUAUCAGUAUAAAAGACACCUGUCCACAACCUCAAACAGUCACACUCCAAACUCCACUAUGGCCAAGACCAAAGAACUGUCAAAGGACACCAGAAACAAAAUUGUAGACCUGCACCAGGCUGGGAAGACUGAAUCUGCAAUAGGUAAGCAGCUUGGUUUGAAGAAAUCAACUGUGGGAGCAAUUAUUAGGAAAUGGAAGACAUGCAAGACCACUGAUAAUCUCCCUCGAUCUGGGGCUCCACGCAAGAUCUCACCCCGUGGGGUCAAAAUGAUCACAAGAACGGUGAGCAAAAAUCCCAGAACCACACGGGGGGACCUAGUGAAUGACCUGCAGAGAGCUGGGACCAAAGUAACAAAGCCUACCAUCAGUAACACACUACGCCGCCAGGGACUCAAAUCCUGCAGUGCCAGAUGUGUCCCCCUGCUUAAGCCAGUACAUGUCCAGGCCCGUCUGAAGUUUGCUAGAGUGCAUUUGGAUGAUCCAGAAGAGGAUUGGGAGAAUGUCAUAUGGUCAGAUGAAACCAAAAUAUAACUUUUUGGUAAAAACUCAACUCGUCGUGUUUGGAGGACAAAGAAUGCUGAGUUGCAUCCAAAGAACACCAUACCUACUGUGAAGCAUGGGGGUGGAAACAUCAUGCUUUGGGGCUGUUUUUCUGCAAAGGGACCAGGACGACUGAUCCGUGUAAAGGAAAGAAUGAAUGGGGCCAUGUAUCGUGAGAUUUUGAGUGAAAACCUCCUUCCAUCAGCAAGGGCAUUGAAGAUGAAACGUGGCUGGGUCUUUCAGCAUGACAAUGAUCCCAAACACACCGCCCGGGCAACGAAGGAGUGGCUUCGUAAGAAGCAUUUCAAGGUCCUGGAGUGGCCUAGCCAGUCUCCAGAUCUCAACCCCAUAGAAAAUCUUUGGAGGGAGUUGAAAGUCCGUGUUUCCCAGCGACAGCACCAAAACAUCACUGCUCUAGAGGAGAUCUGCAUGGAGGAAUGGGCCAAAAUACCAGCAACAGUAUGUGAAAACCUUGUGAAGACUUACAGAAAACGUUUGACCUGUGUCAUUGCCAACAAAGGGUAUAUAACAAAGUAUUGAGAAACUUUUGUUGAAUCCAGUUGAAAGCUAUGAUCCCUUAUUGAUGUCACUUGUUCAAUCCAUUUCAAUCAGUGUAGAUGAAGGGGAGGAGACAGGUUAAAGAAGGAUUUUUCAGCCUUGAAACAAUUGAGACAUGGAUUGUGUGUGUGUGCCAUUCAAUGGGUGAAUGGGCAAGACAAAAGAUUUAAGUGGUACACACCGGUUUUUGUCAAGAACUGCAAUGCUGCUAGGUUUUUCACUCUCAACAGUUUCUUGUGUGUAUCAAGAAUGGUCCCCCCAAAGGACAUCCAGCCAACUUGACACAACUGUGGGAAGCAUUGGUGUCAACAUGGGCCAGCAUCCCUGUGGAACGCUUUUGACACCUUGUAGAGUCCAUGCCCCGACGAAUUGAAGCUGUUCUGAGGGCAAGGGGGGGGGGGGGUAUGCAACUCGAUAUUAGGAAGGUGUUCUUAAUGUUUGGUAUACUCAGUGUAUAAUUAUCCAGUCAUCAUUCAUUUCAUUUACACGUCUAUAUCGACAGCAAGCAAAAAUAUCUCAUCUAAAAAUAUCAACUAAUCCAUAGGUAUGACUGUGCUCUGACCAAAUGCUGUUUCUCGUUUCUACCCCUCUAUAUACUGUAUAUGAAUCAGGGAAAAUUAUUGUACAUGUUGGCAACAUGAUUAACUGUGACAAUCCUAUAAAUCUCUUUCUCACCUCUUACCCUGUCCCUCCUUUCUCCCCCUCCCCUCUCUCUUUCCCCCUUCUCUCAUAUUUCUCUCUCUCUCAGGGCAGGGAUGGAGAAGAGUUUUGAGAGAUUUGAGGAGGAGUUAGACAGACAAGAACCUCCACCUCAGAAGCCUGUCCGCAGACCAGGUCCAGGUAAGGAACACACAGUGACCACUGACUCAACUAAAGCUCAAUGACCACAACAAAGAGCGUGAGUCAGACACUGUUUCAGUCCCUGUGGAAGACAAUCAAUCAAAAACUGAAGUAAAUAUAGAUCGUACCACUGAACCAGAAACACAACCGAUGGCUUGUCUCCUUUACCAGCUGUGUGAACUAUACUCAGUUAAACACCACCCCGUUCACGAAAAUGGUUCGCUCCUACAGACAGUGAGUCACGUGGCUGUGGCUUGCUAUAUAAAGCAGGCAGACGGGCAUCAAGUCAGUCAGUUACUGUUCUAUUGAACAUUAGAAUAGGCAAAACAAGUGACCUAAGCGACUUUGAGCAGGGUAUGAUCGUCAGUGCAAGGUGCGCCGGUUCCAGUAUCACAGGAACAGCCAGCCUCCUGGGCUUUUCACGCACGACAGUGUCUAGCAUUUACCGAGAAUGUGCAAGCUAACAAGCGGGCCUCAAACAGGCAAAUAACGGCACAGUACAACAGUGGUGUGCAGAACGGCAUCUCGGAACGCACAAUUCGUCCUUGUCACGGAUGGGCUAUUGCAGCAGAUGACCACACAGGGUUCAACUCUUAUCAGCUAAAAACAAGAAGAAGCGACUCCAGCUGGUACGUGUUCACCAACACUGGACAAUUGAGGAGUGAAAAAACAUUGUCUGGUCUGACGAAUCCCAGUACCUGUUGCGUCAUGCUGAUGGCAGAGUCAGGAUUUGGCGUAAGCAGCAUGAGUCCAUGGCCCCUUCCUGCCUGGUGUCAACGGUACAAGCUGGUGGCGGUGGUGUAAUGGUGUGGGGAAUGUUUUCCUGGCACACGUUAGGUCCCUUGAUACCAACUGAGCAACGUUUCCAUGCCCCGGAGAAUUCAGGCUGUUAUGGGACAAAGGGGGAUCUGACCUGGUACUAGAUUUGUGUACCUAAUAAACUGGCAACUGAGUGUUCUAUACCAUUAUCUUAUCUUGUAAGGUUAUCCUUGGGGUCAAGACGUCUUUACACAAAAAGUGUACUAAAACCGUUAGGGGCCCUAUUUCAGAACACUGGGGUCUGAGUGGUGCAGGCUGGUGGUAGCAGCAUAGCUCUACAUAGUUACCAUGCCAUUGAAAUAUGAUCUCUAGUCCUAUGAGCACCACAGUUUGAAUUCACCUCACACAGCCUUACUGGGGAGCAUUAACUAGCAAAGCUCCUAUCCUCUUAGAGCAAAGGUUAGUUACAACCAAGUGUAUAUUUUCUCUCUCCCUCAUCACAUUUCUCUCACACUCCUUUACUCACCCCGUUCUGCACCACUAGCCGUUAGACAGAGCAUACACCACCAACACCAUGUCCUUGCCUGCUCCCAAUGGAUGUGACAGGUGGAGGUGACAUGAUGCUUCUAGUACUAUGUUGUGGUGGUGGUCAACCUAGUGAGUAUACCUCUGGCUAACUGUGAUCUGUUUCUCUGCAGAAAUGUACGCUCAGGAGAGGAGGAGGACCCUCCAGGAGAGGACCAUGCCUUCUCAACAGGAAUCUCCAGUCAUGCAGCAAGUCCCCAAGAUGAUGCCCAGAGAACGCAGUCUCCCUGCCAGAAGCAGUGAGCCCACCUCUCUCUCUCUGUCUCUCUUAAAAACAUGUCAGUCAAAGACACCUGAUUUAUGCUGUUAUAACCCCUGUCUCUUUGUUUCUCUCGGGCCUCUGUUUAUCUCAGUGCCUCUGCGUAAAGCUAUGUCCCUCCAGAACUUGAGCCAGAUAGAGACACCCUGGGAAGGGGUCACCCUCAACCGCUGUCUGUUCAUAGCCAUCACCAUCCUGCUGCUCAGCACUGGCUUUCAGAAACUACAAGGCAAGUAGACAAGUGUAGCCCACACCCCACUACACAUACUGUACACAGUGAACAUUUUAGGAGGGUAGGUUAGAUCAUCUCUUUUCCAUAGGAUAACUGUCACACCUCUAUUUGUGGUGCUGGCAAUAAAAAAGUACUUUGUCAUUAAUGAUUAAAGUGAUUUCCAUGAUGGAUGUGAUUGUCCUGUCAUCCUAUAGAAACCAUAAAAGGUGGACGGGGUGUGGAGGAAGAGGAGUAUGACAUUGCACUGACUGUGAGGCGCUCCUCACUGAGACACAAAGUCCAACCACAGGAGGUAGUGGCACAGACACACAAAAUACUCUCCCGUCUCUCCGGGCUCAGAAACCUCAUUCCCAACAUGGUAUGGAUUACAGGAGAUAUGAUGCCAAGCAGCACUCCUAAAAGCCUGCAGUGUGUGCUGGUUUUCAUCUGCACUUUGCAGAUAAGCUACUACCGUCACUGACGUUUAGCUGGACAAUCCAUUAAAAUAUGGAUAAAUACAGUUGAAGUCGGAAGUUUACAUACACCUUAGCCAAAUACAUUUAAACUCAGUUUUUCACAAUUCCUGACAUUUCAUCCUAGUAAAAAUUAUCUGUCUUAGGUCAGUUGGGAUCACCACUUUAUUUUAAGAAUGUGAAAUAUCAGAAUAAUAGUAGAGAGAAUGAUUUAUUUCAGCUUUUAUUUCUUUCAUCACAUUCCCAGUGGGUCAGAAGUUUACGUACACUCAAUUAGUAUUUGGUAGCAUUGCCUUUAAAUUGUUUAACUUGGGUCAAACAUUUCGGGUAGCCUUCCACAAGCUUCCCACAAUAAGUUGGGUGAAUUUUGGCCCAUUCCUCCUGACAGAGCUGGUGUAACUGAGUCAGGUUUGUAAGCCUCCUUGCUCACACACGCUUUUUCAGUUCUGCCCACAAAUUGUCUAUAGGAAUGAGGUCAGGGCUUUGUGAUGGCCACUCCAAUACCUUUACUUUGUUGUCCUUAAGCCAUUUUGCCACAACUUUGGAAGUAUGCUUGGGGUCAUUGUCCAAUUGGAAGACCCAUUUGCAACCAAGCUUUAACUUCCUGACUGAUGUCUUGAGAUGUUGCUUCAAUAUAUCCACAUAAUUUUCAAACCUCAUGAUGCCAUCUAUUUUGUGAAGUGCACCAGUCCCUCCUGCAGCACCCCCGUGCUUCAUGGUUCGGAUGGUGUUCUUUGGCUUGCAAGCAUCCCCCUUUUUCCUCCAAACAUUACGAUGGUCAUUAUGGCCAAACAGUUCUAUUUUUGUUUCAUCAGAUCAGAGGACAUUUCUCCAAAAAGUACGAUCGUUGUCCCCAUGUGCAGUUGCAAACCGUAGACUGGCUUUUUUAUGGCGGUUUUGGAGCAGUGGCUUCUUCCUUGCUGAGCGGCAUUUCAGGUUAUGUCGAUAUAGGACUCGUUUUACUGUGGAUAUAGAUACUUUUGUACAUGUUUCCUCCAGCAUCUUCACAAGGUACUUUGCUGUUGUUCUGGGAUUGAUUUGCACUUUUUGCACCAAAGUACGUUUAUCUCUAGGAGACAGAACGCGUCUCCUUCCUGAGCGGUAUGACAGCUGCGUGGUCUCAUGGUGUUUAUACUUGCGUACUAUUGUUUGUACAGAUGAACGUGGUACCUUCAGGCGUUUGGAAAUUGCUCCCAAGGAUGAACCAGACUUGUGGAGGUCUACACAUUUUCUUCUGAGGUCUUGGCUGAUUUAUUUUGAUUUUCCCAUGAUGUCAAGCAACGAGGCACUGAGUUUGAAGGUAGGCCUUGAAAUACAUCCACAGGUACACCUCCAAUUGACUCAAAUUAUGUCAAUUAGCCUAUCAGAAGCUUCUAAAGCCAUGACAUCAUUUUCUGGAAUUUUCCAAGCUGUUUAAAGGCACAGUCAACUUAGUGUAUGUAAACUUCUGACCCACUGGAAUUGUGAUAGUGAUUUAUAAGUGAAAUAAUCUGUCUGUAAACAAUUGUUGGAAAAAUUACUUGUGUCAUGCACAAUGUAGAUGUCGUAACCGACUUGCCAAAACUAUAGUUUAGUAACAAGAAAUUUGUGGAGUGGUUGAAAAACGAGUUUUAAUGACUCCAACCUAAGUGUAUGUAAACUUCCAACUUCAACUGUAUAUAGAUUUUAGCUGAAUGUGUGUGUAUGGAAUCUCACACUUCCAUACAAUAGGCAUAAUUAGUAUGGUUGAAUCGUGCUUGAAAUACUCAGACGUCAUACAACAUUCACUGAAAAUGUGUAUGGGACCACAACAAUCCGAUCCAUUUAUACCCCAGAAUGAAUUGCUGGCGGAAAGGUACAUCAGAUAAAUAGUGCUCCAUGUAUGUCUCUGAUUUGAUUGACCGCUUUACCAGGACAAUUUGUCCCAAAUCGGAUUCUAAAAUUUGAUAACAAGCGACACAUUAAAACGAACACUACAGCAUUUUCAAAUAGUACGUCGUUCUAUGAGUAUAAAGUACAGUACCUUUUUCCAAAGAUGUGCCGCACUUCUGUUUGCUUAUGACCAUUUCCUGUUUCUGCAGCCUGAGACUUCUCUGUAUGAGGUGCUCUUCUGGUGGUUUCCCGACUUUGAUGACGGUGAUAAUGAAGAAGACGAUGAAGGGGAAACCAAACAAGGUGGAGUGAAGAAGGGGGUUCGAGAGAGGUCACUGAAGGGUCUGAGAAGCAAGGGAACACCAGAGAGAAAACUUGUCAAAGGCAGAGAGGGGAAGACAAAAGAUAAGAGGGCCAAGAGAGAGAGGGAUGAAGAAACUAAGGGAAAGAAAAAGGGAAAACAGGCCAAGAGAGAGAGGGAUGAAGAAAUGGAUGAGGAAGAGGAGAUAAAUGAAGAGGAAGACGAGGUAAAACCCAAGAAGCUACAAAGGGUCAUGAAAUCAAAAGCCAACUAA